GAGUUCAGACCCUAAUAAGAGAAAUCGGAACGUUAGGCUGAAUUCAAAUCAAAACCUGAAGAAAUCAAGCAGAUGCAUUCAUCGUCGUCGCCGGACAUGGUAGUGAAGAAUCGGAAGCUGGGUUUUCUAAUAUGGCAAUUCAUUUCUUCUACUUCCAUUUUCAUCAUCUUCAAGUUUUUGCUUCUCUCUCCCUUGCUACCUCCUUCCAAAACCCCCAUUAUCGCCGCCAUUUUCGCCUUCAUCGUCUUCAACAUUUCUCAGCUCCUCUUCUCUGCUUCUUUCGCCUUCCUUUCCUCUCCCCAUCCAGUACGCGCGGCUUCUCCCCUGCAACUCCUUCUCGCUCUCCUCCGCCCCUCCUCAUCCUCAGCCACUGACUUCCGCUCCAGCGCCAAGCUCUCGUUGAGCUUCCUGCUGUUUCUCGCGGCCGCAGCGGUUUCUGGAUUCCUCGCUAUAGGCUCCGUUUGCUGUGCUUAUGGUGUCGACGGAUUGCAGAUGAUUGGGAGGGUGGGGUUUAGGGGUUUUGCCUUUGGCUUCCUCUAUGGAUUGCUUUACAUCUUGAAGCAACGAUGGAUUUUGGAUUUCCCUAUUAUUCAGCGUCCUCCCUUUUUCAGCUUUAAGAUGGGGCUCCCUUCAGCUAUUACGCGAGCUCUAAGACUUUCUGGGGUAUAUUACCUGUUUUCAGCUCUGCUGCUUGUGCUUCUGCCUGACCAGAUUAAAAGUCAAUUGACAAUGCGGGAAUUCAUUUACGAGGAGAUUGUAUUUUACAUGGGAACUUUUGCUGUGCUUCUCUGCUGGGAAUUGAAUCACCACUUACAUAAGGUACUGCUUACUAAAAGAUGUGUAUUUGCACCACCUAAAGGAUCAGCAGCAGCUGAAACAAAUCCAAGUGAGCUUCUUCUUGCGACUUUGGAAGAGAGCCCUCCUGCUUCCCUUCUACAGUAUCUUGCAUAUCUUGAUCUCUGUAUGGUUUGUCAGAAUAAUGUUGACACCUGGAGGCGAGCUGCCUUCUUUGAAGAAACUGGUGAGACAUACAAAAGAGUUGUAGCUGUAUGUUUGAGGCCUCUGUUACAGCUUGCAUCUAAAUUGGCCGAAAGUUUAGAAUGUUGUUCUGCUGGAACCUAUAAACAACCAAAUCCACUGCAGCAGCAGCAGGAUCCACAAUCAGAUUUGAAGUUUUGUGAAUCACUGAACCAUUUCCAGGACUUGGACUCGGGGAGGAUGAUUGACAAUGAUAGGAUGAGCUCAGGACUAUACCUACUUCAAAUCAAUGCUUCUAGAAGACAAACUCACAAUGCACUCUAUGCAUGGUGCGCCCAGGCAGCUGCCUCCGUGACUGCACAUUCCCGCAAAGAAGACAGAUUAGGAGUUGCACAACUCUCUGGAAGCAAUGCUGCUAUUAUCUCAACACUUCUCUCUUGCCUGCUUGCUGUUGAAGCAUUCAUGGGAAAGAAGACAAACUUGCAACCGUCUCAUCAUUUCAUGGGGCCUGCCGGUAUUAAAUGGGCUACGUUAAGUGGGGGAAGAAGAGAGAUCAAAACUCUUAAAAAGAGAGGUGGAUCUCAAUAUUCAAAAGCAUAUGCCAUUGCGGAUGUUCUAAGAACCUCAGUAUACUGUGUUGUGUGUGCUUUCCAUGAUGAGAUGAUGACAAGUGCAAAAGGAGGCUCGCUAGACAAAGAUUGGGUUAUUAACACAAAACCUCUUUUUGGAACACAUGAACUGCUGGCACAGAAACUGCGACUUUUUCUCGAUUUUCAGGCAACUUAAAUUUGAAGCUCUCGCAGCCAGGCUGCUUUCUUUCUUCAAAAAAGAAAAUUGCUUAUUUGUUUGGAGGGUACCCUGUAAAAAGAGAUGGCAAUUUUGUUAACCAGGAACCGGGAGGAGAAGAUGAAGCAUGACUUUUUUUCGGCUUGAAGGAGAAUCGAGAUCCUAUGAUGUUAUUUA